UUGGUGUGGAUGACUACAGCUCAGAGUCUGAUGUGAUUAUUAUACCUUCAGCCCUGGACUUUGUCUCACAAGAUGAAAUGUUGACGCCUUUGGGAAGACUGGACAAGUACGCUGCAAGUGAGAACAUAUUUAACAGGCAAAUGGUGGCUCGAAGUUUGCUGGACACUUUGAAGGAAGUCAGUGAUGACGAGAGAGAUUGUAUUGCUGUUUUGGAGAGAAUCAGCAGACUAGCUGAUGAUUCAGAGCCAACCGUGCGGGCAGAACUGAUGGAACAGGUACCUCAUAUUGCUAUGUUUUGUCAAGAAAAUAGACCUUCAAUCCCAUAUGCUUUUUCCAAAUACUUACUGCCUAUUGUAGUACGGUACCUCGCAGACCAGAAUAACCAGGUAAGAAAAACAAGCCAAGCUGCRUUGCUAGUUCUAUUGGAGCAAGAACUCAUAGAGAGAUACGAUGUGGAGACCAAAGUAUGUCCUGUUCUCAUAGAACUGACAGCUCCAGACAGCAACGAUGAUGUGAAGACAGAAGCUGUGGCUAUAAUGUGCAAAAUGGCCUCUAUGGUGGGAAAGGAUAUCACGGAAAGACUUGUUCUGCCUCGGUUUUGUGAGAUGUGCUGUGACUGCAGAAUGUUUCAUGUCCGUAAGGUAUGUGCAGCCAAUUUUGGAGAUAUCUGCAGUGUGGUUGGGCAGCAAGCUACUGAAGAAAUGCUGCUGCCGAGGUUUUUCCAGCUCUGUUCUGAUAACGUGUGGGGUGUUCGGAAGGCCUGUGCCGAGUGCUUCAUGGCAGUGUCUUGUGCAACGUCGCAGGAAGUCCGGCGCACAAAAUUGUCAACGCUUUUUAUUAACUUAAUUAGUGAUCCUUCACGAUGGGUUCGUCAAGCUGCCUUUCAGUCUCUGGGACCUUUCAUAUCAACUUUUGCUAACCCAUCCAGCAGUGGCCAGUAUUUUAAAGAAGAAGAUGGUAAAAACCCAGAGGAUCUUGGUUCUGCACAGGAAAAUGGUGAACAGAUCAGGCCUGCAGAAGAAGUCACAACAGAGGAUGAGCACAAUAGGACAGAGGAUCUGUCUUCRUGUGUCAGUAAUGAAUUUGCACCAGAACUUGACACCAACGCUGUGGAAGAUCAAAAUGCAGUGACACAAAGUUCCCAGAGGGAAGCGGAUUUCCAGACUGCGUCACCCUUUCAUUGCACUUCAGAGCCUUGUGGCACAGCGGCUGACGAGAGCGAGCGAGGGCCUCGCCACUGCACAGCCGGACUGCGGAAGGCGGGUGUGAGUUCCCAAGAAACCCCUCUCUUAGAGCAGGAAUUAUAUAACUCUUUCCAUUUCUGGAGGACUCCACUUCCUGAAAUAGAUAUUGACUUGGAGCUUCUGCAGCCUUCUGAGAUAAUGCUCAAUAGAGAAAUUCAGGAACUCACUAUGCCAGUGUCCUCAAACAUUCCCAUGGCAACAAGGAAAGAAUUGGAGGAAAUGAUAGAAAACUUGGAGCCUCAUAUAGAUGAUCCAGAUGUUAAAGCACAAGUGGAGGUGUUGUCUGCUGCACUCCGAGCAUCCAGUUUGGAUCCUCAAGAAGAGACAACAGUUGGCACUGGCAAGGGAACAGACUCACAGAGUGACCUAAGUAUCAAAGACCAACAGAAUUUUAAGCCUAUCCUGGGUGAUAUUGUGCCUUUAAUUGGUGACACAGUUGAGAACAUGGAUUCUGCUCUUCACUAUAUUCAUAAUGAUUCGGAUUUGAGCACCAAUAGUAGCUUCAGCCCUGAAGAAGAAAGAAAAUCCAAAGUACAGGAUGUUGUACCUCAAGCCUUGCUGGAUCAGUAUUUAUCCAUGACGGAUCCCUCUCGCGCACAAACAGUCGAUACCGAGAUUGCCAAGCACUGUGCCUACAGCCUGCCAGGGGUGGCACUCACGCUGGGCAGGCAGAACUGGCACUGUCUGAAAGACACCUACGAGACGCUGGCAUCUGACAUGCAGUGGAAAGUUCGACGGACGCUAGCGUUUUCUAUACAUGAACUUGCCGUGAUCCUCGGAGACCAGCUCACAGCUGGAGAUUUGGUUCCUGUCUUCAAUGGCUUUCUGAAGGACCUAGAUGAAGUCAGGAUAGGUGUGCUUAAACACUUGCAUGACUUCCUGAAGCUUCUCCAUCUUGACAAAAGGCGAGAGUAUCUUUAUCAGCUCCAGGAAUUCCUCGUGACGGAUAACAGCAGGAACUGGCGUUUCCGUGCAGAGUUGGCUGAACAGCUGAUCUUGCUUUUAGAUCUGUACAGUGCCAGAGACAUCUAUGACUACUUGCGGCCUAUCGCUUUCAGCCUGUGUGCAGACAAAGUGUCUUCUGUCCGUUGGAUUUCUUACAAACUGGUGAGCGAAAUGGUAAAGAAGUUGUAUGUGGCUUCAGCGUCAACUUUUGUGGUAGACCUGAUGGAUGAACUUGUUGAAAAGUUUUGCAGAUGCCACAAGUGGUCUGGGCGGCAAACUUUUGUUUUUAUCUGCCAGACUAUCAGUGAAGAUGACUGCCUGCCCAUGGACCAGUUUGCAGUGCAUCUGUUGCCACACUUACUGCACCUGGCAUCUGACAGGGUGCCCAACGUUCGAGUCCUGCUUGCAAAGACGUUAAAGCAAACCCUGCUAGAGAAAGAGUAUUUUCUAAAUUCUGCCAACUCUCACCAAGAGGCUGUGGAGCAGACGAUCAUGGCGCUUCAAAUGGACGAGGACAGUGAUGUCAAGUACUUUGCAAGCAUCCACCCUGCCAGCACCAAAAUCGCAGAUGAUGCGAUGAGCACGGCCUCGUCAACUUACUGAAAAGCUCCUGAAUGUUGCUAUGAUUAAAAAAAAAAAAAAAAUUGAAACAAACUAUCCUCAAAUGCUCCUAAAAUGGAUGAUCUAGGACAGCCUCUUCAGAAGGAGAGAUUUCUUGCCAGACUUAGCAGGUGGAUGUUACCUAAACCUGCCACCAGGGAUUUUAAGUCACGAGAAAGUCAACGUUAGCUCUGUCAUCUUGACUUUAGAAAACCAUUGCUCAGAGGAUUGUUUUUGCCACCGAAGCCUUAAAUCUUCUGUCUUCCUGAACAACCGAAACUUGAAUUGGCCGAUGAGUCUCCUUGUAGGAAGGAUGGGAUUGCCAGAGACGUGCGCCGCUUCUCCCGAGGAGYUACCCUCGCAAGUGUUGUCUGUAGCAGCCGCUGGGAGGGCUGGCGGAAGGGCGAGUCGGUGCCGGGCCGCGAGGCCGCCAGGAUGAGCCCGGAACGCUCCUGUGGCCCGAGGAGCCGGCUCGGGGCACCCCCUGACGGGGCAGGAGCUUGGGCGCCUCUCCAUGGGGAGAAGCAGAAAUUUGGAUUUCUCUUAAGGGCUCAGUGCUAACACUAAACUAGAAUUUGAUUUUAAUCCUUUAAAUGCAGCAUAUUGCUGUAUCCAAUAGCAGAAAACUUUGCUGAGUACCUGUGUCCUAAUUAUUUUCAUGCUGGUCAUGACCUAAAGGCAAUUUAUUAGCACAUGUACUUUAAGUCAGGUAUUUUUAACUUGAUCAUGAUCGGCUCUGAGGUGCGACUUUUUUUCUUCGUAUACUGUACAGAUCUGUGAGCCUCUUUGGAGUGCUGCAGUCUUUAAUCAUGUUGUUUAAAGCUGUUGUGAUACAAGUUGUUCUCUACUUGUCCAAAUAAAAUUUAUUAA